UUUAUAUUUCUCGAAUUAAUUAAGCUAACAUUGACUCAAGUCAACAAUUACUAUAUUUCUCGAUAGGAAAAUCAAUAUAAUUAAUUUUUUAUAUAUAUUUUUAAUAUAAACUAAUUAAUUAUAACUUUCUAUAAAAAUAUAUAUAUAUAUAUAAUUUUAAAUACUCUAAGACGACACUAAAACAUCUUUUUGUUUAAAGAAUAAAGAAUUUUUUUUACAUUAUAUUUUAAUCUUUAAAAUCUUUAUAAUUCUGACAUAUAUUUUUGGGUCUCUGAAAUUGAGCUAAUCGUUUCUUCAACUAAUUUGAGCUAUUUAUUAAAGAAAAAAUAAAUAAAGAAAGAAAGGAAGGUUCUGUUUUUUUUCAAAUGAUAAAGGAGCACAGAUCCAUUCAAAGAAACUCCUCUGACGUUUUCCCACACCCCCAAAUCUCAAACCUCCUCUCCGAAAGACUGUUACUAAUCUGCUCCUUUUGGUCGGAGAACGAAAAAAAAAACAUAGGAAACAUAUGGCAGCUCCUGCCAUGAAGAUCGUGUUCGGUCUAUUGACAUUUGUCACUGUCGGAAUGAUCAUAGGUGCCUUAUUACAAUUGGCCUUUAUCAACAGACUGGAAGAUUCGUACGGAAAUGGAUUACCAUCCUUAAGAGGGCUUCGGGGACAGAGCUCUCGACAUCUCCGAGAUGUUUCCCGGUGGGCAAAUGACAAAGAUGCAGAAGCUUUGCGGCUUGGCUAUGUCAAGCCUGAAGUAGUUAGUUGGUCCCCUCGAAUUAUUGUGCUUCAUAACUUCCUCAGCUCAGAGGAAUGUGAACACCUCAAAGCUAUCGCCAGGCCUCGCCUUCAGGUUUCCACUGUCGUCGAUGUUAAAACCGGAAAGGGAGUUAAAAGUGACGUGAGGACAAGCUCUGGAAUGUUUCUAACUCACGUAGAAAGAAGUUAUCCAAUUAUUCAGGCAAUUGAAAAGAGAAUCUCAGUCUUUUCUCAAGUACCAGCAGAGAAUGGAGAACUCAUUCAAGUCCUAAGAUAUGAACCGAACCAGUUUUACAGACCACAUCACGAUUACUUUUCUGACACUUUCAAUCUGAAGCGUGGUGGUCAGCGCGUAGCAACAAUGCUAAUGUACUUAACAGAUGAUGUUGAAGGAGGUGAAACUUAUUUCCCUUUGGCUGGUGAUGGUGAAUGCACAUGUGGAGGCAAAAUCAUGAAAGGCAUUUCUGUGAAACCCACCAAAGGAGACGCAGUUCUCUUCUGGAGCAUGGGGCUUGAUGGACAGUCAGAUCCAAAGAGCAUACAUGGAGGAUGUGAAGUUCUGUCUGGAGAGAAAUGGUCAGCUACUAAAUGGAUGAGACAAAAAGCUACUUCUUGAGGGACUUGAAAACUUUAUAAACUAAAGGAACCACAGUGACUUUAUAUUGAAAAUGUCUUAGAAUCUAAGAUUUUUGAUAUACCUCUUUUUUGACCCUUGAAUUUUAUAAUCUAUCAUUUACAUACAUAUUGGAUUUGGAGGUGUAAUCACUUGUCACCUACGUGUCUGUGUAUGAAGAAAGCAAACCUUAAAAAUAGAUACAAAACUUAUAUUAGAAAACUAUUUAAGAAACUAAUAUAUGAAGUCCUAAACCUAGUGCUGAGAAGGGUUGGAUAUGCCCUACAAAAUCUCUGAUAUGAUCUACAAAAUACAUAUGAGGGGGAAUAUGUAUGUAAAUAAUAGAUGAUAAAAUUCAAGGUUCAAAAAGAGUAUAUCAAAAGUCAGAGAUUAUAAAGUCACUGUGCUUUACACGAUCAAUUUAAAGGGACGGAGGAUUCCAUGAAGCUGCUAAAAGAAAUCCAUUACAAAAUGCAAGAAGUGUUAUUAUUACUUGCUGAGGAGAUUCCUUGCCAUCAUUUGAAUUUGUUAGCGAAAAGAUAUGAGAGUUACCCUUAGGUGCGCUGAAUCUCUUCAACCCCAGCUCCAUCGGUCCUCCAUCCUCCUCUUGAAGCAGCUCUUCUCUCCCAUGACUAUGGUGGUGAUUGUGUCUCUUCCAUCCGCUACUUCUUCCGUUGCGAUUUCGUCCAAUUCCAGAUCCGCCUCCGCGUCUGCCUUCUUUGAUGUCGUUCGAAGCCCUCUCUCCACCGUUAGCUGAAAUUAAUGGUAACUGUUCAAAAUAAUAGUAUCUAUUACAGAAAGUAUCCUAAAAACUGAAAAUAGUACCAAAAAUUAAUCUCCGCUUAAUCUCCGAUCUUUUAGUUUCGACUACCGCCUAGCGUAGUUUUUAACAUUGGUAUUAAUAGAUAGUCAACUCAUAAUUUCUGUCAAUAAAUUUUAGCACAUGUGAUGAGUGUAUGAUUAGAUCGGAACUACAAAACAUUGUUGUAAUAAGAAUUGUCCGUUUUUCCCUCCAACACAUAUAACACAUAUCAAAGUUGGUGUGUUUCGUUUUAGAAAUAGAAAGAAUAUGAUAUUUUAAUAUUAUAUUCUUUUUUCAGCAAAAAUAAAUAAAUAAGUAUAUAUAUAUACAUAUAAUAUUAAAAUAUCGUAUUCUUUCUAUUUCUACAAUAUUAAAAUAUAAAAUUAUAUCUAUGCAACAUCAUUUCUGAAAUUGAGUUGAUUUGGGCGGCCCAUAGAACUAAAUAAACAUAUUUAAACGGCAAGAGUAUCGAAGGAUAAGAACAAUCGUCGAAACCUUAAUUGCCGACCAUGAGGGCGAACCUAAGAUCUUUGGUCGCGAAGGCUUACCGUGUUCGUCAAGGCCGUACUUUCUCUUCCUCUUCCUCCACUACCAAUCCUAUCGACAACAAAGGAAAAAGAUCGGUCAUCAACACAGUCAAUAAUUUAAGUAAUAUGCUCGCCUGGUUUACUGCUGGAUAUGUGUUUAAAUUUGGUUGGGAAGCGUCGGCCUUAUACAAAUCCAAGCGAAAGUCGGAUAAGUUGUGGGAAGAAUAUAGACGCGAGUUAGAACUUUAUCAUGAGGAAAGGAAGGCAGAACCGUAGCCUGCGUGGAUUAUCCGAGGAAUGACAUGUUCGUGUCUCAUACGUUUGUUGUGUAUGUUGCAAUGCUGUGAACUGAAUUAUCUAUGGUUGUAAUGUCGGAUUUAUACUUGUUUGGUUGGCGUUUAUAUCAAUUGGCCUCGGACUUCUCAACGUUUCUUGGUGUUAAUGAUUUUCCCCUAUCCAUCGUAUCUUUGUUUCCCCACUUGACCGUGGUGGCUUUGUUAUCAUGUGUUUUGAACUUUUACUCCAUUGUUUGAAUGGAGAGGAAAGCUAUCUAGAAUAAAUCAUGCUUAUUGUUAUGCUUGUUUUCGCAUGCAAUUUUUACACAUAUAUCUCAGGAAUUCUACUAAAGAAUUUUUGUUCGCUUCAUUUUCCUAAGGAAUUUUCUUUCUUUGUAUCUCGCGUUUAUUACCAACACACGCAAUUACCCUUUAGCUUCUUGUUAAAUUAGUGUACACAGUAUGCGUUUUACUGUUGGUCUAAACCAAAGUGGAUAAAGUUGGUCAUUGACAUUUGGUAAUUCUUGCUCCACAUUCAUGUUUCUGAUUAUUAAGAAAAUGUAACAAAGAUAAAAUACAAACUUGUUUUAUAGCUAUGUAAUUAAUUUAUCAUUGUUGUUAUAAAAUAAUGCAUCUCUCUUUCUGUAAGUUAUUAAACCAACCAACUUCUUAAAAUAAAACUGGUACAAAGAGAUGUUACCACGAACAGCAAGAAAAUGAUUAAUUUGGGCUACGUCUUGUUUGGAUAAUAUAGAGACGGGUUGUAUGAACUCUUAUUUGAGAGUGCGAUGCAAAGGAGUUGACUUAUAUAGGCUACUAAUAUCCCGCAUAAAUGGCUGCCUAGUCUAAAACCCAUAAGAAUAUUUUAUGAGUUGACGAAAGAAGAGACCCAUCCAUGCAAAGAAAGCAAAAAACAGUUUGUGUUCACUUUAACGGUUUCUGAUAACUGCAACGUUAAGCAGAGAAUUUAUAUAUGAAGUAUAUUAUAUACAUUCAUUCUUUUCAAAAGAUUAGAAAUUAAUGGAACCCAAUCAAAGGCUAAAGUUAAAAAGUAUAUUAUAUUCAUGCAGGGAAGGGCACACCAGCUUCACCCGCAAACUCUAAAAACCAUGUGUGAUCAACUUACAAACUUCGCACUGAUGACAAUGUCAUUACCUUACUCUCAACCAUCAAUAAUUAAUAAUGAGUUCUUUUUUCAGAUUCAUAUCGUUAUAAAGUAACUAGAUACUUUGAGACUCACUUUAUGUCGAUUUAUCCCUUAUUGCUUGAUCUCUAGCUUCAUAAAAAUGUUCUUGUUUAAUUUCACACUUGCUUUCUUCUGGUUUAUUCAUUUUUGAUUGUGAAGUACUGAAAUAAAUAACAUCUCUCGAUCCCUAAAAUGUUUUGUGUAUAGCUUACUCGUGUUUAGACUUUCUUUUCCUCGCAUAUUUCUUUCGUUACUUAGAGCAGCAUUAACGCAAAGGGGAGGGAGAGUGGAUUUUAAACUUUUUUUUAUUAUUAUUUUUAUGUUUUGUCCGAUUUAAAAAAAAAAAUUAAAAAUUGACUAAUCGCAGACUGCCACGUAUCAGUGGAGCCCGCGAAAAGUGAUAAAACCCUUACAAACUCACCUCUUACUGAAGAGGUAGAAGAGGCAGAUUUUAAUUUAUAGUGGGACCCACAUGAUUUUAAACUUUUUUUUUUUGAAAGAGUCAGCCUUAAGAGGCAGGGAUAUUAAUGCUCUUAGAUGUAUGUGAGCAAAAACAGCAAAUCAAUAAGCCUUGGGAACCUUUUGAUGUCCCAGAUGGAGUAGCAUAGUAAGUAGAAUUACCAUAAUGAUUUGGGCUAUGUCUUGUUUCAUUGUUUGGGUAAUGUAGAUGGUCGACAUGACUCUUAUUUGAGAGUGAGAUGCAAAGGAGUUGAUCAAGGCUACUCCUAAAAACCCGCAGAAAUGGCCGAUUCUUCAUAGUUAUUGUAUGGGUAUUCUAUCUACGCAUAAAAAUAUAGAAGCUUUCUUCAACCUUACUUCUACUUUAAAGCGUGGCAGGCCACAAUCAAUUUGUUCUAGUGUUGGCAGAGGUUGCAUCCUAUUUCUCUAUUAUUGUUGUGUUAGACAAUCGAUGGUUAUUACGCAUGUUCAAAUCUUCCAGCAAAUUAAAGAAUAUACUAUAGCAUUUAAGUUUCAACUCUUUUAAGUCAAACCAACUAUGUAAAUUUUGUUAUAAUCUUGCUACUUUCAAAUAAUAUCAUUUUAUACAUCACAUUUUAAGCUUUUCUAUUUAAUUGUCUCUGUCUUCAACUUUUAAAAAAAAAACUCGGCAUGUACAUAGAUCUGUUGUCUUUUUGCAUUGCUUACAUUUAUUAUCCAUAUAUUUUUGUAAAGGUUUUUUCUUUGUCAAAGCUGAAUUCAAUGAUACAAACAUUAUAGAAGGCAAUAGUCAAAUCUUUGUGUGAUUAUUAUAAAAUAUAAAUACAUUUACAAAUAAGAAAGUAAAGAACUUUCUUUGAAAAUUCAUAGAAAAUGAACUAUUGGGAGAAAAAACGAACUUGUAUAUAAAUCCCCUAGACAUUAUUUGAAAACCGAUUUGCCACAAAAAUAUCACACAAAAACGAACAUCGGUAAUUUCAUAUAAUAUUAAAAUAUUAUAUUCUUUCUAUUUCUACAAUAUUAAAAUAUAAAAUUAUAUCUAUGCAACAUUAUUUCUGAAAUUGAGUUGAUUUGGGCCAGGGGCAGGGCCCAUAGAACUAAAUAAACAUAUUUAAACGGCAAGAGUAUCGAACAAUUGUCGAAACCUUAAUUGCCGACCAUGAGGGCGAACCUGAGAUCUUUGGUCGCGAAGGCUUACCGCGUUCGUCAAGGCCGUACUUUCUCUUCCUCUUCUUCCUCCUCCUCCUCCUCUACUACCAAUCCUAUCAACUACAAAGGCGAUAUUUCUAUUUACGAGUACCUCUUCAGUCGAGGUCUGGUAUCGUUCAUCGGGUUCGGCGUUGCUUCUUGCAUUACGGGCGACUCUGUUUCCAAAUUCGAUGAAGAGCUGAAAGCGAUUGACAAGGAUGCUGUGGAAUUCUUGGAGAAGAGGGGAAAGCUGCCACCUGGUUCUUUGGACGCUAUGUACAAAUCCUAAUUAGCUCAUGUUCAAACAAAGCCGGCCUUUAUAUAGUUUGUCUCCCUAAUUUGUAAGGUUUAUGUAAGAGUAUCUGCUUAUGCUCAUCAUCGUUUCCAUGGAUUUGUUUUCUCUUCUGUGGUUUAUAGUUCUGUCUCCCUCAUUCAAUGUAAUGGAGUCUAUUUAUUCCUGAUUUUUUUUCUCACGCAU